GGCUGCUGACAGGACACUCUGAGCUUAGCCAUCCUCCUUCCUGGGGGCUCUCUGAGGACCUGGCUCCCAGCCAGUCCACAGGGGGGAAGUGCGGGCUGUACCUCCACUGCCCCAUAUCUUUUCACUUCCUUUUUCUCCUUUUAGUGUAGGAAGCCCACUGGUGGUUGGCCUCAGGAGAAACCUGGAGGAGGAAAAGCUUACUUCUCCUUCCUGCAGGCACCCCAUCCCUAGGAGCUAUAUUUGGGGGGAUGCCAUGCCUGGCUGAGGUGACAAAGGGAGAGAUUCCAAGGCAGUCUCCCCAAGGCUAACCACUCUCUCCACAGCUGGGUAGGUGAAACAGACAGCAUGGGGGCAGUGAGAUGGCUGGGGGCCCAGCCAGUUUUUGCCACUUUUUAUUAGCCCUGAGAAGGUACCUGGUCCCAUUUAUUAUUAUUGAGUCCCUACCAUGUGCCCAGCACAUUGCUAGAGGCUGGUGACAGCAAUGAAGGAAAGACAGCAAUCCUCACUGCCAAUCAUUGUUCGUUGGGAAAAGGGAUCAAGAACGAAUAAGUAUACAUGUCAGAGCUAGCCAUUGGGAAGCCAAAUCUAGUAGCAUAAGGAGGUGGGGAGUGGCCAAGGGGAGAGACCAGGGUCUUGGUAGCUGUAUUUAACAUUUGGCUUCCCCCAACUCAGAGCCUGCUAGAUCAUUCUGGGCACCAGGAGAAGCCCCACCACACUGCGCCAGCCUAGUGAAACUGGGUUUCCGUCUGUGCCCUUUCCUUGGUUUUAUUUGGUUGCAUAUGUCCCAGCUCACUUUAUCCAACCCAUUCUGUAGACCCAGGAGGCAUAGUGGGCUGGGCAGAGCAGGCCAUUAGUCACAUUUGUUCGGUGUCGAGGACGCUCCGCACAUCCCAGGGAGCUCUGUGGCUCUAAACUCAGGGUGGAGUCCGGCCUCCUCCCACUGCCGCUCAUGCGGCUUCAGGGAUAGUCAGCACCCAGGCUAAAAGUAGCAGACAUCUCCCUGGCUACAGGCCCCAGGCUUGGGAGUUUGGGCUUAGAAAGGAGGCCUGGGCCACAGAGACCACUUCUCUCUCUGUGGCUCAAGCCACUGCUCCAGACUCUGAGUGGGCAUGUGUCCAGGAAGUGUGUGACUGGUCCUCAACUGUUGGGAGACCAAGCAGUAGCUUCCAGGCUCAUUCAGAGUCAUCCAGGGUUGGUGCCCAGCACGGACCUGGGACACUGAGCCUCCUCACCAUGGCCACUACACGUGGGCAGGCCCUGGGCACCCUGCUGCCCACCCUUCUGCUGGGACUCACAGCUGGGCAGCCCUUCAUCUCUCUGAUGGGCCCAUCUCAGAGGACAACCCCAGGAAAUCCGGUGCCUUUCAACUGUACUGCUGGCCCCUUUAGCUCCUGGGACUUCAAUGUCACCUGGAAGAAGGGCAGAGACGAGCAUCCAGCCUCAGCUCAGUACCUGGUGAUUAAUGACAAAGGCAACUAUUCUAUCACCAGUAAGGUGUGGGUGACACUGGCCCACCAAGAUAUCUUAUUGGGGAUCACCUGUGAAGUCACCUACACGGCGCUGAAAGAGCCUCUGCGAAAGACCAUGAAUCUCUCCCAAGUGCUCCAAGUUGUCCCCACCCUGAAGAUCAGCACCAAGACCUCUAGGACGCACAUCCACGUGCAUCAGAGAGUGAAUCUCACUUGCCACGUGAGCCACUUCUACCCCUCCCCCCUACGUCUCAUCUGGAUGGAGAACAGACACAAGGUCCAGGAGGUGGAGUCCCCACAGGUCACGAGAAACCCAGAUGGGACCUACUCUCUGGAGCACACAUGGCAGGCAGAGGCCACGCUGAAUGGGAGUGAGUUUGCUUGCUGGGUGGUCCAGGAUGAGCAGCCCCCAGUCCAAGCCAAUAUCACCCUGCAUGCCCAGGCGCCCAGGUUGGGAAAAGGCCAGAGCACCCACUCUUACUCCCUGCAAGGCCCCCUCCAGCGAUCAGAGCCCGGCACGAACAUCCAGCUGACCUACAUGUCCUCCGGAUUCCCCUCACGUCACGUUACUGUGACCUGGCUUAAGAAGAACCACAAGCUCCCCAAGUGGCAGACCCAUGUCCACCUCAGCAGAGACACGUACAAUGUGACCAGCAGAGUGCUCGUCCCGCUGCAGGCUGAUGACGUGCUCUCCUUUGUCCAGUGCCAUGUCAAUCACAAGUCCACACUACUCUUCCAGAAAACCAUCAGCCUGGACCAGUACCUCCGUGUUUCUCCUACAGUGACAGUGUCUCAGUCUUCACCCUCCUUGGGCUUGGUGGCUAUUACCUGCCACGUGCAGAGAUUCUACCCACAGAGUGUACAUCUCACCUGGAUAGACAACUGUCAUAUGUUCAAGGGAGCUGAGCAACUCACAUCCAAGCGGAAUGGUGAUGGAACCUACACCAUGGAAAGCUUGUAUUUGGUGAAUGUGUCCAGGCAGGAGUCUGAGCGGGUGCUCACCUGUAAGGUGCAACAUGAGGCACAGCCUCCCAUCCAGGCCAAGCUCAUAUUGUCCACAGCAGCCCAUGGCACAUACAAGCCCAUUGGAAGCUCAAGUCCAGAGAUGCCUGUCAUUCUCUUUGUGGCUUUCCUUCUGGGCUUCAAGGUACUGCUGGUGAUGAGUUUCAUAGUCACCUACAUCUGCAGGCGACAGAACCUAUAACAGGCUGAAAUCAGAGAGAAGUGAUUGCAGCCCAGACUGAUGGCCUAUGAGCAUGAAGCAUUUACUGUCCGACCUUCUAACAAAAAGUUUGCCAGCGCCUGAGAGAGAAUAUUUAAAAAGCUGUAACAACAAAAUAGCAAGAAGAUAGUCGCAUUUUUAACUGCAUGAAAGAUUUGACCGGGGGUGCCUGGGUGGCUCAGUCACUUAAGCUUCUGCCUUCAGCUCAGGUCAUGAUCCUAGAAUCCUGGGAUCAAGCCCUCCUGUUGGAUUCUCUCUCUGUGGGGAGCCUGCUUCUCCCUCGCCUUCUUCCCCACUCAUGUUCUCUCUUGCUCGCUCUGCUCUCUGUCUCAAGUAAAUAAAUAAGUUUUUUUUUAAAAAAAAGAUAUGACCAGAACUCUCCCAACGAACUGAAGAACAUGUACAAGCAGCAAUGAGAGUUUUGCUAAUGCAAAAUGUAUUUUUUUUUAACUGCUUUGUCUUAAUUAGAGUAGCUUUUUAAUAAGUUUCCAUACCUCUUUGGGGCAAACCUUCCCACCUUGUCCUGUUGCUCAGAACUUCUAUGUCUCUUCUCACCCCAGAUGCAUUUUAGAAUCACUUUGUCAACUUUCAUUAAAAACCCUUUUACAAUUAUGAUUCAA